UUAGAGCCACAGUUAGAGCCACGUGGGAUCAGCUGCCCAGAGCCGACGGUGCCCCACUCAGUGAGCUGUCUUGGUCAUCCUCCCUUGCCGUGGUGGCUGUGUCCUUCUCGGGGCUCUUCACCGUCAUCGUCCUCAUGCUGGCCUGCCUGUGCUGUAAGAAGGGUGGCAUCGGGUUCAAGGAGUUUGAGAACACCGAGGGGGAUGAGUAUGCAGCCGACUUCUCGGCACAGGGCUCCCCAGCCGUGGCAGCGCAGAACGGGCCGGACGUCUAUGUCCUGCCACUCACCGAGGUCUCCCUGCCCAUGGCCAAGCAGCCAGGGCGCUCAGUGCAGCUUCUCAAGUCCACGGAUCUGGGUCGGCACAGCCUCCUGUACCUGAAGGAGAUUGGGCAUGGCUGGUUUGGGAAGGUGUUCCUGGGGGAGGUGACUGCGGGCGUCAGCAGCACCCAGGUGGUGGUGAAGGAGCUGAAAGCCAGUGCCAGCGUGCAAGAGCAGGUGCAGUUCCUGGAGGAGGCCCAGCCCCACAGGGCCCUGCAGCACAGCAACCUGCUCCAGUGCCUGGCCCAGUGUGCUGAGGUGACGCCCUACCUGCUGGUGAUGGAGCUCUGCCCCUUGGGGGACCUCAAGGGUUACUUGCGGAGCUGCCGGGUGACAGAGUCCAUGGCACCCGACCCCCUGACCCUGCAGCGCAUGGCCUGCGAGGUGGCCUGUGGUGUCCUGCACCUGCACCGCCACAACUACGUGCACAGCGACCUGGCCCUGCGGAACUGCCUGCUUACAGCCGACCUCACGGUGAAGAUCGGCGACUAUGGCUUAUCCCACUGCAAAUACAGAGAAGACUACUUUGUGACCACUGACCAGCUAUGGGUACCACUGCGCUGGAUUGCGCCCGAGCUGGUAGACGAGGUGCACAGCAAUCUGCUUGUGGUGGACCAGACCAAGGCCAGCAAUGUGUGGUCCCUGGGUGUGACCAUCUGGGAGCUCUUUGAGCUGGGUGCGCAGCCCUACCCUCACCACUCAGACCGGCAGGUGCUGGCCUAUGCUAUCCGCGAGCAGCAGCUUAAGUUGCCCAAGCCCCAGCUGCAGCUGACCCUGUCAGAUCGCUGGUAUGAGGUGAUGCAGUUCUGCUGGCUGCAGCCUGAGCAGCGGCCCACAGCUGAAGAGGUGCACCUGCUGCUGUCCUACCUGUGCGCCAAGGGCGCCACCGAGGCCGAGGAGGAGUUUGAACAGCGCUGGCGCUCGCUGCGGCCGGGCGGGGGCGGUGUGGGCCCCGGUUCAGUGGCCGGUGGUCCUGCAGUGGGCGGCGCGGCCGACAUCGCGGCCACCUCGUCCUUCCCGCUGCUGGAGCAGUUCGCGGGCGAUGGCUUCCACGCGGACGGUGACGACGUGCUGACGGUGACUGAGACAAGCCGUGGCCUGAACUUCGAGUACAAGUGGGAGGCGGGCUGUGGCGCCGAGGUCUUUCCGCCGCCGGGAGAUGCGCUCAGCCCUGGCCGCGUCGCUCGCUUGCAGGAGCUGUGCGCGCCGGUUUGUGCGCCCCCCGGCGUGGUGCCCGUGCUCAGCGCGCACAGCCCGUCGUUGGGUAGCGAGUACUUCAUCCGCCUAGAGGAGGCUGCGUCCGCCGCUGGCCACGACCCCGACUGUGCCGGCUGUGCCCCCGGCCCCCGCGCCGUUGAGCAGGAUGACAACUCCGAUGGCAGCGUCAAUGAAUCUCUGGCAACAGAGCCCCUGUUGGGCCACGCGCAGCCCGACGACAGCCCCUGGGGCGCCUGUGACCACCACCUGCGCAGGGACCUCGCCCGAGACUCACUCUGCCCUUCCCGCAAGCUCUCGCCCUCACAGGGGGCCCCAAUGCCAGCAGAGCAUGGAGUCCAGAGCACAGACUGGGGCUUGGCCGCCUUCUGCCCUCCCUUCUUCGAGGACCCACUGGACACAUCCCCCUCCCGGUGCUCUGUGGGCGGGUCAUCAGACGUUGAGGAGGAGCUGGGAGAGGCUGGAGCCCGAAGGGCUGCCCAGCAGAGACAUUGGAGCUCCAACGUAUCAGCCAACAACAAUAGUGGCAGCCGUGAUCCCGAGUCCUGGGACCUGGGCUACGGGGGCAGCUACACUGAUGACUGCUCCAGCCCAAAUCAGACCCCAUGGGCCUCACCUGAGCAGGACCACCCUGUAGCCCAGGAGGGCCCCAGAGAGCCUCUGCUUGGGCUGCAGAAAGCCUCCCCUGGCCAGGGGCCAGGCCACUGUCUUGAUCUCCCCUAUCUGUGCCCUACCCAAGGCCCUGUUGUCUCCCUGGUCACACCCACCUGGAUAGGGGCAGUCGUUAGUGGGGGCAAGCCCCAGGCAGAGCCCAAGCUUGCCCAGGAGGCUGAGAGCUCUGCUGGACCCCAGCUACCCCUUCCCUCCCUUCCUUCCCCUUCCCAGGAGGUAGCCCCGCUCCCCUCAGAGGCGGCUGGUGCCCCUGAUGUCCUGCCUGACAUGCCCAGUGAACCUGCUCAGGGUGCUGACAAUGGCAUCAGCUGCUGCCCUGAGGUGGAGACACCCAGUAGUGAGGACGAGGACACAACUGAGGCCACUUCGGGUGUCUUUACUGACUUAUCCGGUGAUCCACAGGCUGAGAAGCUAGAUGUGGUGCCUGCCUUCCGCUCUCUGCAGAAGCAGGCUGGGACACCUGACUCCCUGGACUCACUGGACAUCCCUUCCUCAGCCAGUGAUGGUGUCUGUGAGGUCUCCAGCCCAUCAGCCACUGACAACCCUGGUGGGCAGCCCCGAGCCCUGGACAGUGGCUAUGACACAGAGAACUAUGAGUCCCCUGAGUUUGUGCUCAAAGAGUCUCACGAGUGUGAGCCUGAGGCCUUCGGGGAGCCAGCCUUGGAAGGGGAAAGCCCUGGGCCUGGGACUCGGCUCUCUCCCUCCCUUGCAGGCCUCAGUGAGAAGAACCCCUACCGGGACUCAGCCUACUUCUCUGACCUGGACGCUGAGUCUGAACCCCCUUUGGCCCACAAGGAGAAGUGCAGGAGAGUCCUGGUCCCUGGGCCAGAGGCAGGCGUAAAGAGCCCACAGAGCCCUGGGCAACAGUCUGUGCAGGCUUCUCCUGGGCCUGAGAUGCCCAGGGAGGCACAAGGCGCUGACCCCAGGGAGGUGCUGCCACCAUUGCUGCCACUCGAUGGGUCUUCCCCAGAGCCAAGUGCUGGCCCCGGGCCAGAGCCUCUUGAGUCCAAAGGCCCAGCCAAGGGGCCACCUGUGCCCAGCCCCAGCCAUUCCAAGCUUUUCCUGCUCACCCCAGUUCUGCCAAGCUCAGAGAGCAACAGCUCCAAGCUCCAGGGGGCCCCUGGGUUACUGUCAGGGCCAGCCCAGCAGGAGCGGACAGGGGGCCUGCCUGCCCCUCGAACCCCGCUCUGCCUGGCUCUGCCUGGCCUCCCUGCAGCCUUGGAGGGCCGGCCAGAGGAGGAAGAGGAGGACAGUGAGGACAGCGAUGAGUCAGACGAAGAGCUCCGCUGCUACAGCGUCCAGGAGCCCAGUGAGGAGAGCGAGGAGGAGGCUCUGGCGGUGCCUGUGGUGGUGGCCGAGAGCCAGAGCGCGCGCAACCUACGCGGCCUGCUCAAGAUGCCCAGCCUGCUGUCUGAGGCCUUCUGUGAGGACCUGGAGCGCAAGAAGAAGGCAGUGUCCUUCUUCGAUGAUGUCACCGUCUACCUCUUCGACCAGGAAAGCCCCACUCGGGAGCUCGGGGAGCCCUUCCCUGGAGCCAAGGAUUCGCCCCCCACGUUCUUGGCCGGCGACGCCCCCGUGCGACAGAGUCAGGAUAACCGCUCCCCUGAGGGCCUCGGGACGCAAGAGGGCGGUGUGUUCCAGUGGGAUGAUGACCUCCCGCUGACGCCGGCCAAGGCCGCCAUUGCGACUCCCCCGGCUCCGCCCGUCCCAGCCGGGUCCGGGCCUGGGCCCUUCUCGCGCUUCACUGUAUCGCCCACUCCCGCGUCGCGCUUCUCCAUCACGCACGUGUCCGACUCAGACGCGGAGUCUGUGGGAGGCUCUGCAGCAAUUGCUGGGGGUGGGUGUAAAGAGGCUUGAGCCUCAGGCAACUCCCACCCACUGGAGGCUGGCGUCACCGGAGCCCUUGCCAGGCAGCAGCGAGGAUGGUGACCAGGAAAGAG